CCCUCCCCGCCUUUUCCGCCCUCCCGUCCCCCUCCCUCGGCCCGCUGCUUCUGCUCCAGAUGAGGUGAUGGCAACGGCCAACUUCGGCAAGAUCCAGAUCGGGAUUUACGUGGAGAUCAAGCGGAGCGAUGGCCGAAUACAUCAAGCAAUGGUAACAUCUUUAAAUGAAGAUAAUGAAAGUGUAACUGUUGAAUGGAUAGAAAAUGGAGAUACAAAAGGCAAAGAGAUUGACCUGGAAAGCAUCUUUUCACUUAACCCUGACCUCGUACCUGAUGAAGAAAUUGAACCCAGUCCAGAAGUGGCUCCACCUCCAACAUCUUCAUCCAAAGUAAACAAAAUUGUAAAGAAUCGACGGACUGUGGCUUCUAUUAAAAAUGACCCUCCCCCAAGAGAUAACAGAGUGGUUGGUUCUGCACGUGCACGGCCUAGUCAGCUUCCUGAACAGUCUUCUUCUGCACAACAGAAUGGUAGUGUUUCAGAUAUAUCUCCAGUUCAAGCUGCAAAAAAGGAAUUUGGACCCCCUUCACGUAGAAAAUCUAAUUGUGUGAAAGAAGUAGAAAAAUUACAAGAAAAACGAGAAAAAAGGAGACUGCAACAGCAAGAACUUAGAGAAAAAAGAGCCCAGGAUGUUGAUGCUACAAAUCCGAAUUAUGAAAUUAUGUGUAUGAUCAGAGACUUUAGAGGAAGUUUGGAUUAUAGACCAUUAACAACAGCAGAUCCUAUUGAUGAACAUAGGAUAUGUGUUUGUGUGAGAAAACGACCACUCAAUAAAAAAGAAACUCAAAUGAAAGAUCUUGAUGUAAUCACAAUCCCUAGUAAAGAUGUUGUGAUGGUACAUGAACCAAAACAAAAAGUAGAUUUAACAAGGUACCUAGAAAACCAAACAUUUCGUUUUGAUUAUGCCUUUGAUGACUCAGCUCCUAAUGAAAUGGUUUACAGGUUUACUGCUAGACCGCUAGUGGAAACUAUAUUUGAAAGGGGGAUGGCUACAUGCUUUGCUUAUGGGCAGACUGGAAGUGGAAAAACUCAUACCAUGGGUGGUGACUUUUCAGGAAAGAAUCAAGAUUGUUCUAAAGGAAUUUAUGCAUUAGCAGCUCGAGAUGUCUUUUUAAUGCUAAAGAAACCAAACUAUAAGAAGCUAGAACUUCAAGUAUAUGCAACCUUUUUUGAAAUUUAUAGUGGAAAGGUGUUUGACCUGCUAAAUAGGAAAACAAAAUUGAGAGUUCUAGAAGAUGGAAAACAGCAAGUUCAAGUGGUGGGAUUACAGGAACGUGAGGUCAAGUGUGUUGAAGAUGUACUGAAACUCAUUGACAUAGGCAACAGCUGCAGAACAUCUGGUCAAACAUCUGCAAAUGCACAUUCAUCUCGGAGCCAUGCGGUGUUUCAGAUUAUUCUUAGAAGGAAAGGAAAACUACAUGGCAAAUUUUCUCUCAUUGAUUUGGCUGGAAAUGAAAGAGGAGCUGAUACUUCCAGUGCAGACAGGCAAACGAGGCUUGAAGGUGCUGAAAUUAAUAAAAGCCUUUUAGCACUCAAGGAGUGCAUCAGAGCCUUAGGUAGAAAUAAACCUCAUACUCCCUUCCGAGCAAGUAAACUCACUCAGGUGUUAAGAGAUUCAUUCAUAGGUGAAAAUUCUCGUACCUGCAUGAUUGCCACAAUCUCUCCAGGAAUGGCAUCCUGUGAAAAUACUCUCAAUACAUUAAGAUAUGCAAAUAGAGUAAAGGAGUUUGGAAUUAGUCCAUCAGACAUUCCCUUCUCACAGGGUAGUGGCAGUCGUCCCGAUCUCUCUCCUUCUUAUGAGUAUGACGACUUUUCUCCUUCGAUUACCAGGGUGAAAGAAUUGACUGUAGAUCCAACUGCUGCUGGUGAUGUACGUCCAAUAAUACACCAUCCACCAAACCAGAUUGAUGAUUUAGAGACACAGUGGGGUGUGGGGAGUUCCCCUCAAAGAGAUGAUCUAAAACUUCUUUGUGAACAAAACGAAGAAGAGGUUUCUCCACAGUUGUUUACUUUCCACGAAGCUGUUUCACAAAUGGUAGAAAUGGAAGAACAAGUUGUGGAAGAUCACAGAGCAGUGUUCCAGGAAUCUAUUCGGUGGUUAGAAGACGAAAAGGCUCUUCUAGAGAUGACUGAAGAAGUAGAUUAUGAUGUAGAUUCAUAUGCUACACAACUUGAAGCAAUUCUUGAGCAAAAAAUAGACAUUUUAACUGAGCUGCGGGAUAAAGUGAAAUCUUUUCGUGCUGCCCUACAAGAAGAAGAACAAGCCAGCAAGCAAAUCAACCCGAAGAGACCCCGUGCCCUUUAAAUUGGCAUUUGCUGCUAAAGGACCCCCAGCACCCUUACUACUGUAACGUACAAUGGUUUAGCUGUAAGGGCCAUUUGAAAGUUUAAGAGUUUAAGUGUCUGUGGAAAAUGUCUUGUCCUUCACCUGAAUGACAUUUCAAUUUUGUGAAACACCUCUGUCUCCAAAACGCUUCUAGUCCAGGAGGCACAACCAAGAAUUGGGAUUAGUGAAGCAUUAUGUUUCAUUUACCCAAAUAGUGAUUUACUUUCGGAGAUCCUUGCCAAUUUUAUUUUCUAUAUGAUGAAGUAAAUUGUGGACUUGAUCCAGAGGUGGAUAGUAGGGGGAAGCCACAGCAUUUCCUUUUAACUCAGUUCAGUUUUCGUUGCAAGACUGAGCAGUUUUCAAUCCUUUGCGUGCAUGCAUACCUCAUCAGUGAUUGUACAUAUUUGGCCCACUUCUAGAGACAGCUGUGCUCACCUCUUCCUGCUUUUGUGCCUUGACUAAGGCUAUUGACCCUAAAUUUCUGAAGCACAGCCAAGAUAAAUUACAUUCCUUACUCGUCAUUGUAAAUUACCUUUAUUGUGUGUACAUUUUUACUGUAUUUGAGACAUUUUUGUGUGUGACUAGUUAAUUUUGCAGGAUGUGCCAUAUCAUUGAACGGAACUAAAGUCUGUGACAGUGGACAUAGCUGCUGGACCAUUCCAUCUUAUAUGUAAAGAAAUCUGGAAUUAUGAUUUAAAACCAUAUAACAUGUGAUUUUAAUUUUCUUAGCAUUUUUCUUUGUAAAGAACUAAAAUAUAAACUAGUUGGUGUAUAAUAAAAAGUAAUAAAAUUCUGAGAAGAGUUUUAUCUUAGGAGAAUACAUAUAUAUGCAGUGUGUGUGCCAGUGUGGUAUUAACAAGACUAAUAGUGCAAUUUGAUCCUUACCAAUACCAUUACUUAAGUUGAAAUGUCCAUUAGCUCCCCAGAACAUACCUUUUUAAUGUACUGUUAAAAGAAAUUGGCUUCUGAUGCAUGAACAUUUACAUGUACAUUGAAAGUAGCCCAUAAUAGAAGUUAGCUUAAGCCAAGUGUAGACAGUACUAAACUCCUUUGAGAAAGAAUUAAGCUGAAAAAAAUAAUUGACUUUGCCUAAAAAGGUAGAUCUACUCCAAGCUCCACCUUGUACCUGAUAUGUGAUGUUUUACAACUAUUUGGUGAGAAUUACCAAAUUCUCACCAAUAGAUUGGUGUAGGGUAUGCUACUUUUUAAAUGGCAGCAUUUAUUUUUACAGAUUGCUACUCCAAACAAGGAAACUGGCCACUUUUCCUGUAAAUAUUUUGUUAAAAGAUUUCUAUAUCUCUCUAGUUUUCCCUUGGUUUCCAGGAUAGAGUCCAGGAAUAGAUUGACCAUGAAAAAUCUCCCAGAGGUGUCUCAUUUUGGUUUACCUUAGGAAACUACAAGCUCAUCCAUAUGGGCCAAAGGGGAGCUAUGACAGUCACCUGAGCCAGAGUCUCCAUGUUACUGCUCAUAAAACCCAGAGCACUUGUGGGAAAUCCUAAUACCAAGUUGGAAAGCUCUGUAAACAUUUUUCACAAUAUACUUAUUAAUAAAAUGAGGGAAUGAGUUUGAGAGUUUACUUCACUACAGUCACCAUUGUUUUGGAAGGGACUCAGGUUUUCUUUCCGUUUUAAGGUACAUUCUAUUUCUGAGAAGAGGAGGAAUGGAGAACUGUUACUGUUGAUUUUGUAGAGAGGCUGUUUAAAAGGAUGGGUUUUGAGAAUGACCAGUCUUCCAAGGGCAACACAGGCAUGAGAACUUGCUCACUGUAAAGCACAGCAGAUAGCGCUUUAGUAUUUGCACUGAUGGCUACUGUCUUUGUUACACUCAAAUGUGCUGCCUUAUACUGUGACAACUUCCUUCUCAUCAGCAGUCAAGGUAUUUAAAAGCCCAGUACCUGCAAAGAUUGGAGGUACUGCAGUCCACUCCCUCAGCUUUACAGACAGGAGAGUAAAGGCCAGAAAAGGGAGUAAAUUCAGCAUUUCAUAGGGGAAAGACAAAUAACCUCAGAAAGUAGAGUUAAAUUUUAACAUUUUUAUCUAAGUAUAGAGAUGGUACAAAUGAAUGUUGGAGAAG